GCCAUUUUGAUUCGAAAAAAUAUGACUGAGUUUUUCCUGCUUUGCAUGCUAAACUUAGCUCCGCGUUUGAAUUUCGUCCGAAUCAAACGCGCUUCUUGCGAACGAACAGAUAACGGGGCCAUCGAUGCCCGACAAGCCGUCCGGGGCCCGGUAACUGCUUCUCGGGGUGGAUUUUAAAGCCACGUUUUGGACUUAACGUCGGUGGCUAACUUGAAGCUAACAGACAGGCAGCCUCCUGUGCUGAUUGUCGCAGGCAGCAGGCUGACGAGCGUGUUCUUCUAAACAAAUCACUAGACAUACAAGGCUCAUGCAUUGUAGCGAACGCGGCUAAUUGUUAGCUGGGGGAGGGGAGCUAGUGACCAAGGACUGGGGGAAACAAACAAACAAACAAAACAAAACAAAAAAAAACUCCCCUAACGUUCUAACGCAGAAAAAAAGAAGAAACACGAAGGGGAUAUUCUAUCAAAGUUACAAGACGCAAGGGCAUUAUCAAAUAUCGGUGCGUGGUAUCGGUGAGUACUCAAAUGGUUUUGGUGAGCCUUCCAGUGUCCCAUCUCCAAAAGAGGCCUGCGUUUUAAAGGGAGACCCAUGCUGAUAAAUGCCAGGCCUCGCCACGCUUUCUGUCUUCUGCACGAACACAAAUGCCUGCCUGCCCGCGGGGGAGGUCUGAUUAAAGAUAUCCACAUUUCAUUCACUGGGCUGCGUACCCCACCCCGGCGGCCAUCAUGUUUUGGAAGUUCGACCUGCACACCACCUCCCACAUCGACCAGCUGCUGGACCGGGAGGACGUGACGCUGCGCGAGCUGAUGGAGGAGGACGACGUGCUGCAAGAGUGCAAGGCGCAGAACCGCCGCCUGUUGCUCUUCCUCUCCCAGGACCACUGCAUGCAGGAGCUGGUGGGCCUCAUCACCACAGAACCACCCGCAGACCUGGAGGAGAGGAGCCGCUUUAAGCUUCCCAACGUCGCGUGCGAGCUCCUGACCUCGGAUGUGUCCCUGAUAAACGAUAAGCUGGGCGGAGAAGAGUCUCUCCUGGAGGUGCUGUACCAUUUCCUGGACCAGGACCCGCCCCUCAACCCGCUGCUCGCCAGCUUCUUCAGCAAAACCAUCGGCAAUCUGAUCGCCAGGAAAACGGAAGAGGUGAUCACCUUUCUCAAGAAGAAGGAAGGCUUCAUCGGUCUGGUGCUGAAACACAUAGAUGCGUCCGCUAUGAUGGACUUGCUCCUUCGCCUCAUCAGUUGUGUCGAGCCUGCCCCGUUGAGGCAGGAGGUCCUCCAUUGGCUGAAUGAGGAGAAGCUGGUUCAAAGACUCAUAGAGCUUAUCCAUACCGGUAAAGAUGAGGAGAGACAAUCAAACGCAUCCCAAACACUUUGUGACAUUAUUCGCCUUAGCCGAGACCAGGCCAAUCAGAUGCAGGAGAACGCGGAGGCCGACCCGCUAUUGGCCGCGCUGGAGUCACAAGAAACUGUAGCGGGACUCCUCAAGAACAUGUUCGAGGGCGAAAGGAACGAAGCUUCCAUCGUAAACGGAACUCAAGUGCUACUUACCUUACUGGAGACCAGGAGGUCCGGGUUGGAAGGGCUGAUGGAUCUGUAUUCUCAGGGUUACGAAAGGUCUUACACUGUCAACAGCAGUAUUUUAAAUGCCAUUGAGCCCCAUUUAAAGGAUUUCCAGCAGCUUCUUCUGGAUCCCCCAAAGAAAGGUGCAAUACUGACCACCGUCGGCGUUCUAGAUCAGCCACUGGGGAACGCUCGCCUUCACGUGGCCCGACUGGUGGCUGCCCUCCUGCAGACCACUUCCCCCAGCAUCUGCCAGGAGCUCUGCGACCUCGGCACCGUGGACCUACUACUGGAUCUGUUCUUCAAAUACUCGUGGAAUAACUUUUUGCACUUCCAAGUGGAGCUCUGCGUGGCGGCCAUCCUGAACCAUCCCUCCUCUGAGGAGCGGCCCAACCCGGGCCUACAGAACCACGACGGGCAGCGGGCGAGUCCGACCGUCGAAACUCACGCCGAGGCGACGGAGUCGGGCGGGACAGAGGACCCGCAGACCUCCCUCCACAAUACCCUCGUGGCGCACCUUUUCCAGAAGUGUCGAUUGGUACAAAAGAUCCUUGAUGCCUGGGAAGAGAAUGAUAAAAUACAGGCCGAGGGUGGCACCAGGAGAGGCAACAUGGGUCAUCUGACCAGAAUUUCCAACACGGUGGUCCAGAACUUGGAGAAGGGACCCGUACAGACCCAGAUCGCUGACCUCAUCAAAGGUGAACAAGAGCUGCCUGAGGACUGCAGAGGUCGCUGGGAGAGCUUCGUGGACGAGACGCUGAGAGAAACGAACAGAAGGAACACGGUAGAACUGGUGAGCACGCACAACAUGCACUCGUCCAGCGAGGACGACGACAUGGAGAGCCCCUUCCCCAACGACCUGUCCCUCCAACAGGCUUUCUCUGACUAUCAGAUCCAGCAGAUGACCGCCAACUUCGUGGAUCAGUUCGGGUUCAACGACGAGGAGUUCAGCGAACACGACGAAAACAUCAAUGCCACAUUUGACAGAAUCGCAGAAAUAAACUUCAAUUUAGAUUCCGAUGAUAACAGUGCCAAUGCGGCUGCUUUCGAGGCCUGUUGUAAAGAGAGGAUACAACAGUUCGACGAUGCUGACGAGGAAGAGGAUAUUUGGGAAGAGAAGGAGAUAAACUAUGCAACACAAGCGAAAUCCAGAACAAGGUUUGGCGUGUCCCAAACCUCGGAAGGAAGUUCUCGGAGCAGUCUGGAAAACGGCGGACAGGAGCAAGACUGCGGCUCCGAAUCCGACGAGGAGGAAGACUUUGAGCGGAACGCAUCGGACGCAGGUCCAGGCUGGACAGCAAAUUUCAGGGACUCUGACGGGAUCGCGUCAUCCCAGGCUGCGUCAGGGUGGGACGCGCUUCCCGCCGGCGGUGGAAACGAGACCCAGGAAACGGGCUGGGCCCAUUUCACGGCAUUCCAGCCUUUCUCGAGCACAGAGACUGAGCCCAGGCGCAGCUCCCCCGUGGACGCCGGAGGCAGCGACGCAGAUAAACAAGCCAAACAAAACCACGAGAAGAGCGACGCCGGCUCCUCUCCCCGCGCGGGGCCUUCGGGGGAUGCGACAAAGGCUCCUCCCGCCGCCUCGGACGGCGGCUCGCCCGGAGGGUCGGACGGCGGCUCGCCCGGAGGGUCCGACGGCGAGGAAGUCGUCCCCGCCGCGACUAUCGUCUCAAAACCGGUCGCCCUCACGAGUGAGGAGAGUCCCGUGUCCCUGGAGAAACUCUCUCUGUCAGAUCCUCCCGAAGCCUCUGAGCAGAAGCAGCCUCCUGAGGAAUUGCACGUAACCCCACAGACUGACAGGAAAGACGAGACGCCACCGCCCCAAGAAGUGGCCGUCAACGGGCCGGUGUGAGCGCGCGCAUUUGCGCGCGCGUCGGCGGGGGAUCUUAACAACGAACUGUAAGCCUCCUCCCAGAGUGACUCCUUUCAAAGUAAACCUCAGUGCAACUCCAGUGUUUUGACCGAAUCACUCUGCCACGUUAUCGGACCCGGACACUGCCAAUCGACACCACUAACGAGGCGGCGGAACAUGUACAAAAAGAAAAUAUAUAUAUGAAUAUAUAUAUAUAUAUAUAUAUAUAUAUAUAUACAUAUAUAUAUAUAUAUAUAUAUAACAGAAAAAGGACAAAAACACAGAACAGCGUGUAGAUCUUCAAAGCCUUUUUCCCCCCCCUGUGUUGCACAUAAAAAUGUGCGGUUUUAAUGUAGCAGCAAUCUUUGAGGGGGCGGGGGGUAACAACAACAUCAUCAUUUUUUUAUGUCCGAAACUAUUUCUCUCUUAUCGGUAGAACGUGACAGUUAGGCUUUUACAUUGUCGCAACAUGUCGGGAUAGCACAGGAUACUAUUUUGUCUUUGUUUUAAAUGCGCCUCAGUAACAAUAAGCCGUUUUUUUCUUUUUGUUCUUGACAAAGCACUUGUUCAGCCAUUUCCUGCCUGUUCUAGCACAAUAUCAGUGUUUAACGUUCACCUUUUGCAGACUGUAUUUUUCCACUCACUAGCAUCUUGGUUUCACUCUCUUGGAGUUUCUUAAUUUUCUUUUGUUGU